GUCUAGUUAAUCGUCCGUCUCACAAGGAACAACACCUUGCCGACGGAGUAGGUGUUUGCCUGAUUGUCCUCCACAACUGUUGUUCCAGAAAGAUGAUACUGCCUUGCUAAAACCAAGACCCUUCUCGACCGCAGCGCGCGGUCCCCCUCGAUUACAUUGCCAUGCCCGUCUUCGCCCUCAUGAUCAUAUCCAAAGCGGGUUCUCUGGUCUACCAUCGUACAUUUCCCACCUCUCCUCCCGGUGGUGGUGCCACGACCACGGCCAACCCGAAUCAACAACCCGGUGGUGGUCAAUCAACGGUCGGCGGGACGUUGGGUCUACCGGGCACCAGUACACUCACCACGAACGACUACUUGGUCCUGGCUGGUACGUUCCACGGGGUCCACGCCAUCACGAGAUCCAUCACCCCGAAACUACCCAUCACGUCGUCCGCGACCUCCACGACGGCCAACAAAAAAACCUGGACGUACCCUGACCCCGCGGUCGCCCCUUCCGGGAUCGAGAGCAUGGAGUCUUCCUUCUUCCGUCUGACCGUCUUCCAGACCUUGACGGGCACCAAGUUUUUGUUGUUCACCGACCCCAGCAUGCCCAACACCGACGUCCUCAUCAAGGGGAUCUACGAACGGUACGCCGACUUCGUCUGCAAGAACCCCUUUUGGCAGAUGGAGAUGCCCAUCCGCAUCGACGCCUGGGAGCGAAGUCUGACCCAGUGGUUGACCAGGCGGUGACGGAAAAGGGAAAGAGAGAGAGAAAAUAAAUGAACUGGAACGAGAAUGAUGACAUUGCCAAAUUGAAGAAGACGAAGGAGACUGGCAAGCAAAUAAAGACCCCCCGGGAGAGGGAGGGAACUAUGGCCGAAGUUCCAGAAACCGGGACGAGUUUUUUUCCUUUCCCAGAGUUUUCUACAAGACGGCACGAGUGGUGCUUGGAAUUGGGCUCGAAAGAAAACAAGGGAACAAUCCGGCGGGACCGUCGGGACACAGUCUUUAAGACAGUCUCGGUGCUGGCCAGAGGACAUUCGUGUCUAUCGACGCUUCGCAUACGGCGAUACCUUGACUCGAGGACGCCGAUAGAAGAUGACUUCGACCAAAGAGCCGCGGAUCCAAGAAAGAUCCAAACCGCGAGAACCAGUAUAGGAGAUGGUUCAACUGUCAGAGAUCCAAAAGAGAUCCAAAAGUAGGAACCGGUGCAGAACUGGGCUUCGAGAGUCGGAGAUCCGAGAAGAUCCAAAGAUGCAGCAAGAUACCCGUUCGCCGUGCUUGAUUGUGAUCGAUAGCAGUCAUGGUCUCUAAAUCUCAGCCGCGGGAUUGGCAUUGAUAUUGAGGCUAAUAUACUUAUUUUACUAUCCUAUCUCGAGGCACUUCGUCCAUGAAUACUCCCUCAACCUAAAGUAUAGGUAGCCCAUCCAUCUCCUCGCGGAGCUUCUCUUUCGUGGAUAAAACGUUC